AUGUCAAACCGAUCACGAUUUGCUUGCGAACGGUGCAAGCGUUCAAAGCGGAAAUGUGACGGGAUUCCUGACGUAAAGGGCUGUACGGUGUGUCACAAAGCUGGCGUGGAGUGUUCUAUUCUGCAUCACCAGGAACAGACGACGAAAUACAUUGCGCAGUUGGAGGCCAAGAUUAAAUAUCUGGAGUCAGACGCGCACUCAGGGACAGCGGGCCCAGCGAUGAAAUUGGUGUCACAUCCUCCUGCCAUCAGAGAACCAACAGAUAAGUUAGAAUUCGGCCCCAGUCUGUCAUUUAUAUUUCGCAGAGCUCUCGAUGACUCCCCGUUGAACGAAUAUCAAGACAAAUUUGUGCCAGAAGCCUUGGAAUCUCCGCCUUCCAAAACGGGGCCGCCAGAUUACACGCGUCUGAUGGAGGACGAUGAAAUGGGCAAACGUUUGAUCGAAUCGUGCAUGAAACUUAUGUUUUCUCGCUUUCCUUUUAUUCACAGAGAGUACGCUUACGAAUUGCACAGGAAUAGAAAAGAAGUGUUACGGACUUCAGAAACAAGACAGGACGCGAUCAAAAGGUUUGUUCUGCUCAUGAUAUAUGCCAUUGGUCUGCGCGUGGCCCAAAUGAUCAAGGCAGAGACGCUCGAAGGGUUUACCUACUAUCAGGCUGACGACAUAUAUGCUGAUGCCGCCCAGGAUCUAGAGCGAAUUUGCGCAGUCGUGGAUAUUGACUCCGUGAGGUGCCUAAUCCUGGUGGCAUACUUCAUGCUCCGUUCUUCGCGCAGUCACCAGAUAUGGCAUCUGUGUGGUCUGAUUAUUCGGCUCUGCGUGGAUUUGAAUUUGCACCGUCGUGAGAGCAGACCUGUUCCUGUCGAAGAGCUGCACGAUUCUGUGAUGCGUCGGCGUGUCUUUUGGAGCGCAUAUGUGAUUGAGAGAAGCGUUUGCAUGCACUUUGGACGCCCAAUGUGUCUUUCUGACUACGACAUCGAUGCCGAAUUACCAUACAACAUAGACGACUCUGUGACAGACUGUCACGAAUUGGAUGACAUAAUUAACAAACACCCGGAGAAAAUGGGCCCGACGGUCAUCACAGACAUGACGGUGGGCAUCUGUCUCAUCCAGUUGCGGCGAAUAGAUUCUGUUAUCCAUCACAGCAUCUACCGCGUCGACCAGGAACGGGACAUUGUGACAUUAGUGAAAGAUAUUGGCGUGAUGUACGAGAGAGUGCAACAAUGGAAGAACGACCUGCCCGCCUUUGAUGAUGAAGACAACCAGCUGUUCAUGACACUCCUCUACCACAAGACAAUGCGGAUACUUCUUGUUCCUUUGAUUUCGAAGGAUAUUGAAGUCUCAAACUCGCCCGAAGCGCAAUUCUUUGUCGAUCAGUGCGUCAAAUCGUGCGGUACAAUCUGCUUGCUUGCAAAACGUCUAAUACAGCUCGAUUGGUACUGUCAUAGCUUCAUCGCUAUACACACUCUGUUUGUGAGCGCAAUGACUUUGAUAUACUGUCUUCUCACGGGACGGCUGGAAUGGACGGUCGAAAUGUCAACCUGUCUGCAGUCGUGCUCCACCGCGCUAUUUGUCGUGGGGGAGCGGAUGCCUUUCACGAAAUCGUUUCUGCGCGACGCUUACGAACGCGUGCUGAACAAAACCAUGGAGCAAAUGUCCAAAAAAGAAACUGUCAACAAGACAAAAAAUUACCGCAUUGGAGGCGUCAACGUCCUCGACAAGCCCUCGGAGCUAGAUAUCUCACUCUUGCAAGAGCAGAAGUACCCGGAGCUGGACCUAAACGAGUCACUUAAUACGCCAAUACCGAACGAUUUCGACGAGCUAUGGCAAAUAAUCAGCGACCAAAAGCCUUUUGGUAUUGAAGGAAACGUCGCUCUUAAUGAGUUCAACUACGGACUGGAUGACGGAUAUCAAUACUAA